CGGGUUUUCACCUCACAUUCUUAUUUAUUAUUCCCAGCAACUGCUCUCUACCUCUCGAACCUCACCAACUCUCUCUCUCUCUCUCUCUCUCUCUCUCUCUCUAAAUAUUUACAAUGCCAUCUUCAUUUUCCCGGAAAAGCUCUUGACUUUCUUCCACUUCCGGCCACAAUUUCCCAAAACAGUUUCUGGGUUUUGCUCACAGCUCGGUUUCCAGUAAUGGGUAAUCGGUUUAUUUGCAUGUCUAAGAAGGAACCCAAAGAGAAUGGAUCCAGAAGUAAGAGGGUGAACCGCUCACAGAGGAAAAUGCUGGCAGAAGAUGAGUUAUUGCACAGGCAAGCUCUGUCUAUGGCUAUUCAUCAGCACCAACUGUCUCAGAGGUUUGAUGGAUCCAUGUCUAGGAGAAUUAAUGGCUCUACCAGCUCUAGGAGAACCACUCUACCCGAAUCAGUAGCAAAGCAGGUACCUGAAAAUUUGGAUAACCUUACGACAAAAAAGUUUAUUUUAAUACAUGGAGAAGGGUUUGGAGCAUGGUGUUGGUACAAAACAAUUACUCUGCUGGAGGAAGUAGGAUUACUUCCCAUUACCUUUGAUCUCAAGGGUUCUGGUAUUGAUCUCACAGAUUCUAACUCUGUUGCUACUCUAGCAGAGUAUUCAAAACCAUUGAUUGACUAUCUACAAAACCUUCCAGAGGAUGAAAAGGUUAUUUUGGUUGGUCACAGUAGUGGUGGUGCCUGUGUUUCUUAUGCACUGGAGCAUUUUCCGCAAAAAAUUUCAAAAGCAAUAUUCAUCUGUGCCACUAUGGUGUCUAAUGAUCAGAGACCCUUUGAUGUAUUUGCUGAAGAGCUUGGUUCUGCGGAAGAUUUUAUGCAACAAUCAAAGUUUAUGAUUCAUGGAAAUGGAAAAGACCAGCCUCCUACAGGAUUUAUGUUUGAGAAAGAACAGAUGAAAGGGUUAUAUUUCAGUCAAUCUCCUGCAAAGGAUGUCGCUCUGGCCAUGGUGUCCAUGAGACCUAUCCCACUAGGUCCAAUCAUGGAAAAACUAUCACUGUCGCCUGAGAAGUAUGGAACUAGCCGGCGCUUCUUCAUUCAAACAUUAGAUGAUCGGGCACUUUCACCAGAUGUCCAAGAAAAGCUGGUCAGGGAAAAUCCACCAGAGGGUGUGUUCAAGAUAAAAGGCAGUGACCACUGCCCAUUCUUCUCAAAGCCAACGUCAUUGCACAAAAUUUUGGUGGAAAUUGCUCAAAUCCCAUAGCAUAAAUAUCAGGAAUGAGAUUCCUGUAUUUUACCUUCCCUUUACAGAACAGAAGUGUAGCUGAUUGCUUAGUUCCACAAUGUGAUCAUAUGGAAGGCCAUGUUUGUAUGUAGAACAUUCUGGCCCAGUUUCUUUGUGCAAUUUCUUCUUAGUACAGAUCAAAAGAAAUGCGACUCACUUUUUAGAAAA